AUGGAUGAGGAAGGCCGUUUAAGAAAUGUGUUUUGGGCAGAUGCAAGGUCAAGAUCGGCUUAUGAAGCCUUCGGUGAUGUUAUCUCUUUUGACACAACAUACUUAACAAAUAAGUAUGAUAUGCCUUUUGCUACAUUUGUUGGUGUAAAUCAUCACGGGCAAACGAUCUUGUUUGGAUGCGGUUUAUUAUCGAAGGAGAAUACUGAAACAUACAUAUGGUUGUUCAAAACUUGGCUAGAAUGCAUGUCGGGUAAAACCCCUAAAGCAAUCAUUACAGAUCAAUGCAUGGCCAUCCAAGGAGCAAUUAGAGUGGUUUUUCCAAAUUCUCAUCAUCGUCUCUGUCUUUGGUACAUUAUGAAGAAAAUUCCUGAGAAGCUUGGUGGACUGAGUGAAUACAAAGCGAUAAAGAGAAUUUUGAAAAGUAUAAUUUAUGAAGCAGUUGGCAUUCAAGAAUUUGAAGACAUUUGGUUGAUGAUGGUAAAUGACUAUAAUGUUGAAAAAAAUGAAUGGGUAAAUUCUUUGUACAAAAUUCGGCAUCGAUGGGCUCCCGUAUAUGUGAAAGGCAUUUUUUGGGCGGGCAUGUCCACAACUCAAAGAAGUGAAAGCAUCAAUGCUUUUUUUGAUGGAUAUGUUGGUCCAACAACAUCAUUGAAACAAUUUGUGGAGCAAUAUGAUAAUGCGUUGAAAAGUAAGAUUAAAAAAGAAGCAAAGGCUGAUUUUGCAUCUUUCAACUCUAGUUUUCCAAUGUUAACUGAUUGUUACUUUCAGAAGCAACUACAAGAAGCCUAUACAAAUGAAAUCUUUAAGUUGUUUCAAGAUGAGUUGCGGGGAAUGUUAUAUUGUAAUCUUUCACUUAUCAAAUUAGAUGGGCAAAUAAGUACAUUCCAUGUGACGGACAUUUUCAGGGGAAAAGAAGGCAAAGUUAGAAGGCAAGUGGCAUUCAAUGUGUACCACAAUUCAGGGGAACUUGAUAUUAAAUGCUCAUGUAAUUUGUUCGAGUUUAGAGGAAUUCUUUGCAAACACAUUUGCAAGGUUUUGAUUGAGAAGAAUGUAAAAGAAAUCUGA